UUGACAGCAGUAACCUGUGUGUGUUACAGAGAGUUGAAGAGAAUGGCCAGAACCAAGCAGACAGCGCGCAAAUCCACCGGAGGGAAAGCUCCCCGCAAGCAGCUGGCGACCAAAGCGGCCCGCAAGAGCGCUCCGGCCACGGGCGGAGUGAAGAAGCCUCAUCGCUACAGGCCCGGCACGGUGGCUCUGCGGGAGAUCCGCCGCUACCAGAAAUCCACCGAGCUGCUGAUCCGCAAACUGCCCUUCCAGCGCCUGGUGCGAGAGAUCGCUCAGGACUUCAAGACCGACCUGCGCUUCCAGAGCUCGGCGGUGAUGGCCCUGCAGGAGGCCAGCGAGGCUUACCUGGUGGGGCUGUUUGAGGACACCAACCUGUGUGCCAUCCACGCCAAGCGGGUCACCAUCAUGCCCAAAGACAUCCAGCUGGCCCGCCGGAUCCGCGGGGAGCGCGCCUAAACGGAGCCUGGCCGGUCUGGCACAUUCACCCCGAGACUGAAACAUCUUCCGUCUUCGUCCAAGCAAGUAUUUGAAUGAUGAAGACAAUGUCAUAUUUCCUAAGUACAAAGCUGCUUUGUGACCAGCUGCUUCAAACAAACAGCAGGUAUGUGAAAGCAGAGAGCAACCUUUCCACAGGUACAGAGCAGACUGGAUCAGACUUAGUUUGAGCUCAAUUUCCAGAGAUGUAUCCAAACAAGCAAACAGUCAGACUCAAUUGCGGAAAGACAAGUUCCUUUUUUCUCUGCAUUCUCCAUAGACAUCUUCCCAGUUUCAAUUAAUAUAAUUCAUAGACCACUACCAUUCACAGCAUUUUUGAAGCUGACUGGUUGUCUGAAGUAGGCAAUUGGUGUACUUAAUCAAGUUUACAUUUUAAAAGGGCAUUUUAAAUGCCACAAACCAGAUAAACAAUGAAAUUAUAUAAAAGUAUGAUGUCAACAGCCAUAUGUGACAAGUAGUGAAUAAUUACUGAGAACACACACAUACACAAAGGUACUGACUGAUUCAGAUUGAACCACCAUAUCAACACACAAGAUACAGAGACUAACAGCGAUGUACACACAUUUACACUGUAGGAAACAGAAAUGAUAAUAUACAAAAUGUUUAC